GCUACAUGAAGCGGAGCAGCACGAGAGUGACAAAGCUGAAGAGAGUGAAGACAGAAAUGGAACAAAGGAUGAUGUGGCAGCAUCUGAAGUACAGACAGAUUGGGCGGAUGGAUUUGAGGAUCCAAUCAAUACCCAAGUAUUGGUUAAUGCAGUUGAUGAAAUAUUGGAAAAUAUGAAUAUUAAUAAAAAAGUUGACACACCAGAAGGGGCUGAAGCCGUGAAUGAAGCCAUGGAUGUAGUGAAUAUUGAGAAACCAGUUGCUCAGAACUGUGAAGAUCUCCGGAAGAAUGAUGGGGUAGAAAAUGUUGAAACAACAGUAGUUGAUAUGGCAAUGGCUGAAAAACCAAUUGGGGAGAAAUGUGAUGAUCUCCAAAAGAAGGAUAGGGUUGAGAUGAAUGACGGUGCACUUGAAGACGUUGAGAAAAGGCCAAGGAGAGAUACUAAAGCACCAAACAGGCUGUCUUUGUCAGGGAAAAGAAGGAAGAAGGAUGCCGCAAGAAAUGAGCUAAAAAAGGUAAUAGUGAGAGGGCCUCUGACAUUAGACCCAAAACAGCAGCCAAGUGAUAAGUUACAAGAAAUUAUAAUUGAUUUCAUGUAUGCGGGGCUACUAAGAAAUCACGAAAAGUCUGGCGUGAAGAAGUAUAAUGCAAAACAUGAAAUGCUGAAAUUGAGAAAUAUGACACCAUUGUGGAAUGAUGGAAGACUGACAAGCAAGUCCUGGUACUACGCCAUAUGGUUUCAGGGGAAUUGGAUACAAGACACACACAUUGAUGUCAUACUAUACUACAUGCGGGUCAAAGCACAAGAGUAUUCUCUGAAGCAGAAGUUCACAACAACAGAUUGUUAUUUUACAGCACUGCUGAAACAACACCAUGAUCUCAUUGUGAGGAAAGAAAGCACACUUGAAGAGUCUGUACACAACAAAAGUGUCGUGGGAGCAAUACUUGGGACAAAUGUGCCUUACGGGCUACCAUGGGCAGAGUGUGAGCAUGUGUACAUGCCGAUGAAUAUUGGGAAUCACUGGGUUCUACUUGUGCUUGAUGUGGGCGAGAAGCGUAUUAGGAUUUAUGACUCCAAUAACCGGCUUAAAACCCCAAGCAGACAAUUGAGUCAGUUUUACCAUGUUUGGAAAAUCAUUUAGGACAUCUAAUGGAUUGGUGCAGGGUGUACGAAGAGCGUGGUGAACAGCCAAUUGGAGAAGGAAAAGUGGGAUGGGUUAUGGAAUCCAGUCCACAACAAAAUGACGGGUAAAUGCAUUGGCAUUGAAUUUCUUAAAUAUAUAUAGUGUAUUGGUACAUAACUAACAUUGUAAAUUUUUUCAAAAUUGCAGGGAUAGUUGUGGGCUAUUUGUUCUCAAAAUGGCAGAGUACCUAAUGAUGGGGAAAGAUCCUCAUGAAGUGGCGUCUAGGGACAUGUGGACUUAUAGGAAGAAGCUGGUGGCCGAGAUACUGCAUUACAAUGGGCUGGUUAAUCUGGAUGGUGUUGAAUGAAUGUUUAAAACAAAUGUCUAAUGCUGUGAAUGAAACUUAUUGGGUGUGGAUUUUGGUUUUUGAUUAAACUUCUGUAUGGAUUUACUUUAGCACUUUUGGGUGGAUUGGACAUAAUAUUGAUGUUUUGAAGUACUGAAUAUUUUGCAUUGAAAAAUAUGGUUUCUAUUAAUUGAUGCCUAAGUACAGGUUUGAU